AUGCCCACCAGCGACGAGACGGUCCAGCAGGAGUUCGAUGAGCGGCAGCAUGCUACGGAGACGGGGGGGACACAAAACACACCCGAUGUGGAAGAGCAGAAUACAGAAGAACGGGAGACACCUGGCAAUGGCUCCGACAAGGACACGGACACCUUCGAGGACGCUGUUGACACAGGGUCUUUGCGGUCACUUACUAAACGCCAACGCCCUAUCAAACCUCCGUCACUCGAGGAGCGGACCAACUCUGACUACGACGACGAUGCUUCGCCGUCUCCUGCAGCGGACACCAAGCCCGAUUCCCAAGAGGUCCCCCCAGAGGAGAAGUCACUGCGCCCGCUCUCCCAAGCAUCCGCCGGCUCCCUCGACGAAGUGAAACUCGAUGACGAGGCGGUAACCACAACAACGACCGCUCCUCCGAAAGAGAAGAGCCCCCCGCCUGAGAGGACCAAGACCAUGUCCUUCAGCAGUCUAACGAAUGCACUGCCUCCGAUGCCAUGGUCACCUCCCGCCACCGAGUCCCAGUCAAAGAGCCCGCCUGCCGUGGCAGCAACAGCGACAGCAACAGCGCCGCCCCCACCCGCCCCAGCACCAGUAUCCACAGGCAGGAAAUUCAACAGCCCAUUCUCAUGGCUGUCCCGGAGUUCCUCUAAAGAACCUCCAGCUGUGCAGCAUGCCCCUUCGACGAGGAGAAACACUGCAAGCUCUGUUGCGACCCUGACGAGCAAUUCGGAAAUGAUGUUGAGCAAGCUGGAGGAGGAUAAGAACGGGGAAGGAAGGGACACCGGGUCACGCAAUAGCUUGAAAGACCGCUUCAAGGCGCUCCGCAUGAUUGGAGAGGCGGUCCCUCCACCUGAAGAUAAGACUGGCCCAGGGGCGAGCGAUGCUGGGGAGAGCAGUCUGGCGGCGCACCCUCCCGUGUCACCGCUGCCGCAAAGUCCAAACAAGAACCUCGCCCCAGGAACUGCCUCGGGCGUCACGGCCGGCCCUUCAUCCAUCGCUGAUGCCCCAGUGGACUGGGAUCUCUGGCAAGCCGUCGUAAACGAAGGGCCAGCCGCAGUUGCUCGAUCUAGCCCAGAGGAUUUGAACAAGGCCAUUGCCACUGGCAUCCCGAAUGCUAUCCGCGGCGUCAUUUGGCAGGUCCUGGCCCAAAGCAAAAACGAGGAGCUCGAGGCUGUCUACCGGGAGCUCGUGGUACGAGGCACCGAUAAAGAGAACAAGGAUAAGGAUAGGCAGAGCAGCGGGACGACAAUAAGCGCGACCAUCAAUGGCAGUGCCAAAGGAUCGGCAUCCUCUGCCUCGUCGGUCCAUUCCGAGAAUUCUCAAAGCGGCGUGCCAUCACCGACUGAGAAGGACUCGGAGUCCACAAAGAAGGCACAGGCUGCCUCUGCCGCCCAGCGGCAGAAGAAGGAGAAGGAAGACUUGGCCAUGCUGCAGAAGCUCGAGAAGACGAUUAAGAGAGACCUCGGCGCCAGGACAAGCUAUUCCAAGUUUGCCGCUGCUCAGGGUCUCCAAGAGGGCUUGUUCGGUGUCUGCAAGGCGUACGCCUUGUUCGACGAGGGUGUUGGCUAUGCUCAAGGCAUGAACUUCCUUGUGAUGCCACUCCUAUUCAACAUGCCAGAAGAGGAAGCUUUUUGCUUGCUCGUGAGGUUGAUGAACCAGUACCGCCUCCGGGAUCUCUUCAUUCAAGACAUGCCCGGUCUCCAUCUGCAUCUGUACCAAUUUGAACGCCUCCUUGAAGAUUUCGAGCCGGCGCUCUACUGCCACCUCCGGCGGCGCGGUAUCUCGCCUCACCUGUAUGCCACACAAUGGUUCCUCACCCUCUUCGCCUACCGCUUCCCCCUCCAACUUGUCCUCCGCAUCUACGAUCUGAUUCUCUCCGAAGGCCUCUCAGCCAUCCUCAAGUUCGGCAUCGUCCUCAUGCAAAAGAACGCCGCCGCCCUCCUCGCCAUCACGGACAUGUCCCAGCUCACCGCCUUCCUCAAAGACCGCCUGUUUGACGUCUACAUUGACUCGUCGCCGUCGUCGAACUCCAUCCUCGAGAACGGCUUCUUCGGCAGCUCCUCGAGCAGCAUCGACAAGGAAGUCUACCGCGCCGACCAGCUCGUGCGCGACGCGUGCGAGGUCAAGAUCACGCCCGAGAUGCUCAAGGCGUACCAGGUUGAGUGGGAGGAGAAGACGCGCACCGAACAGGAGCGCGAGGCCGAGCUUGAGGCGCUGCGCGCGAGCAACGCCAGCUACGCGGUGCGCAUGCGCAAACUUGAGGAGCGCCUGCAGGAGGUGGACGCCGAGCAGGCGUCGCUGGCCACGGAGCUGGUGCACACAAAAGUUGAAAAUGACGAGCUGCGCGACGAGAAUGAGGGCCUCCGAAUUCAGGUGCAGGAGCUGCGCAUUGUCAUCGAGAAGCAGCCCGCCGAGAUCGAGGCCGUCUGGCAGCUCGAGCGCGACGACCUCAUGAAGCGCAACGAGAAGGUGCACGAGGAGAACCAGCGGCUCGAAAAGGAACUGUCGGAGCUUGAGGAGGAGCUGGUGCAGACUAAGAUGCAGUAUGCCGAGAUCAACUCGCAACACGAGGCCCUGACUAGGAAAUGGACCGAUCUCAAGAGACAGUUCCAAUGA